AUGAUGGUGGAAAUCUACGAGAGUGCAGGUCAUGUGAGAGAUUGUGACCUCAGGACGGAGAGACAAAUACACACCAACCACUUUAGUGUACAGAUAAUUAGGAAAUUUAACCAGUUCAUCUGUUACUACAUUUCCUUUGUAAAGAAGAGCUGGGCUGAGAGCAAAAGAUACUGUACUGAGAGAGAAGCAGAUCUGAUCAUCAUAAACAACAGAGAAACAAUCUGGAUUGGUGUGACUGACAGUGAUGUGGAGGGCCGCUGGAAAUGGGUUGACUGCAACAGACUGACCUCUGGAUACGAGCGGUUUGCCGAGCGUCUGGCACAGCUGGAGGAGGCGGAAGGGGCCUUUGAUUGCUUCACAUUGAGCUACCGGUCCUUUGGAAUUCAGCGGCGAUCCAACAGCGCUCUGGUCCUUAGGGAAUGGGCACCAGGAGCGGAGGCCGUCUUCCUGACUGGGGAUUUCAAUUCCUGGGAAAAACAGUCUCACCCAUUCACGCAGAAAGAAUAUGGGAAAUGGGAACUAUACCUCUCCCCAGAAGAGGACAAAUCUUCUGCCAUCAAGCACCUGACCAAACUUAAGCUUGUGGUCCUGACUAAAACAGGUGAAUAUCUAUUUCGGAUCUCUCCAUGGGCCAAAUAUGUCACAAAAACCCUAGAUUCCGUCACCUAUGACUGGACUUACUGGGACCCUCCAAAACCAUACCAGUUCCAGCACCCCAGACCCCCACGGCCCAGCAGUCUUCGUAUCUAUGAGGCCCAUGUGGGCAUCAGUUCGCCCGAGGAAAAGAUUGCCUCGUACAAAAACUUUACCAGAGAUGUGCUUCCUCGCAUUAUGGAUCUUGGAUACAACUGUGUCCAGCUCAUGGCAGUUAUGGAACAUGCCUACUAUGCAAGCUUUGGCUAUCAGGUCACUAACUUCUUCGCAGCUUCCAGCCGCUUCGGCACUCCUGAUGAUCUGAAGCAUCUGGUUGACACCGCGCACUCGAUGGGCCUCACGGUUCUUCUGGACGUGGUCCACAGUCACGCCUCCAGCAACACAGAAGAUGGACUCAACUACUUCGACGGAACGGACUCCUGCUUCUUUCACGCAGGCUCCAGAGGAAACCACUCGCUCUGGGGCGGUCGGCUCUUCGAUUACUCCAGCUGGGAAGUGUUGCGGUUCCUCCUUUCCAACCUGCGCUGGUGGAUGGAAGAGUACCGCUUUGAUGGCUUCAGGUUUGACGCUGUGACUUCAAUGCUGUACCACCACCAUGGCAUCGGUCAGUUGUUCUUCAGCUGUAAACAAGCACGUCGUUUCGGGGACUACAGCGCGUGCUUUGGAAUGCACGUGGACGAAGAUGCACUUGUCUAUCUGAUGCUGGCCAAUCACGUUCUCCACAAGCUCUACCCACAAUGCAUCACUGUGGCAGAGGAUGUAUCAGGGAUGCCAGGCCUGUGCAGGUCUAUUGAAGAGGGAGGACUGGGCUUUGAUUAUCGUCUGACCAUGGCCGUGCCAGACAAAUGGAUCCAGGUCUUAAAGGAAGUUCGGGAUGAGGACUGGGAUUUGGAGAACAUUGUUCACACCCUGACCAACAGAAGAAAGGAGGCAUCUAUCACCUAUGCCGAGAGUCAUGACCAAGCCUUGGUUGGGGACAAGUCUCUGGCGUUCUGGCUGAUGGAUAAGGAAAUGUACACCAACAUGAGCGCUCUUAUUGCCAUGACGCCUGUUAUAGACCGUGGCAUCCAGCUGCAUAAACUCAUCCGUCUCCUCACUCACAGUCUAGGAGGGGGCUACCUCAACUUCAUGGGCAGUGAGCCUGCCAUGGGGAACAAAGACACCUUCCGCCAGGGCCACUUAGGCUUCCUCCAGCCCCUGCCGCUGCCCUUUCUGUGUCUUGCUCAUGAGGGGGAGCCCUCUUUCCAUGCCACCAGUCAGGCUUGGAAGAUGAGAGAGGUGAUGAGGCAGGGAUGGGCUUGUAGGAUCAAUCAUUUCUCCUCGUGGGAGAAUAUCGAACCUUCCGGCCCUCGUACGCAGCUGCAGAGGACGCCCACACCGGGUGGAUCGGGACAAGAACGUGGCUGGCUCACGCUGCUUUCUGAUAGGUGA